CCAAACCAAACAGAAACUAGCACAAGAGACCAUUCUUAUCUCCAGCUCGAACAUUUGGUCAGGAGAUCUCGUUCUGAAGUAUCCUAAUCUUUGGCAUUUUGCGAUGCUUUUUGAAGUUUGGUGAAUUGCAUUUUCUAUAUUUUAACGUUGACACAUUACAAUUAUACAACUUGGAUUUGGUGCUAAUUUUGCAGAUUACAUCACACUUUGAAACUCAUGCAGGGAUCUGUUUCUGUAGUCUGGUGAUUGUUGUACGCUCUGCAGGUUCAAUACAACUCUUGCAACUUUGCUUAUCAUUAUGUUCACCGAUUACCUAGGCGAAUAAUGGUUUCGUAGCGAGUGCUCUACAGCUGUGUACUGACCAGUGAAUUUAUUGCUUAUUCUCCAAUUGUUUGAACUGGCUGAUUGAAAUACCUGGCUACGAUUGGCAUGGAGUAUGAUGAUGGGAUCAUCGAGCCGGAUGCUGGCACACCACAGAUCUCCCAAUCAGGCAGUGGUGAUGGACGGUCUGUCACACAGACCAGAUACCCGUGGGAAAAAGCCUCCAGUAGCUCCGCUCAAAACGAAAACGAUAACAGGACCACGAACUUACAGGAUCGCUACGGGGAUGGCGUUGAUCCAGUUAAUUGGUUAGCGAAGCUGACUGUGAUGCUUGCCAAUGAUAAUUGCUCGCGUACGGGAGUCUCUGAAGAGUUGCGUGGAAUCUUGAAGGACGAAAUUGUCGUCAAAUCUCUUAAUUUUCCACAGAAAUUUCUUCAGCGCCUUGCAGAUCUGAAAGUGAUUUCUGAAGACUUUCAUGGCGAAUUGCAGUUAAUGGAAGCCAACUCAGAUUCUCUUCGGGAGGCUUUUUGGAACUACUUGAUUCGCAGGGAUUUGAUGCCAGUGUUGAACUUCACUAAAGCUUUGUAUGAAGACGAAAAAUACGAACCCGUUGUGAGGAUUGUGGACUUCAUAAGGAAACGCAAGCUGCUUGAUGGGCCUGCUAAACCGACUCCUCGAUCAUCUGAAGAAAGCGUGUGGGUGACCGACGGUGCGGACGUCCAGGUUCGACCGGGAAAAUACCAAGGUGGAUCUCGGGUGUACCGUAUGGCGUCAAAUCCGCGAGGUCAUGUGUUGAUAAUCAACAAUGAGAACUUCGAAAAGAGUGGUGUUUUUACGGAUCGCCUUGGUACUCAUGUUGAUGGGGCCAAACUGGCGCGUCUGUUUGAGCGACUUUCCUUUAAACUGUACCAGGGAAGGCAGUUCCGGGACUUGACAAGAAAGAAAAUGGCGGAACUGGUCAGCGAUUUCGCUCUUUAUGAAGACCAUCAGAACGUGGACGCAAGUGUCGUUUGCAUACUCUCUCACGGAGAUGAAAAAGGUAUCAUGGGUAUCGAUGGAGAACCGAUUACCGAUGCCCAGAUACGGUCCUAUUUCACCGCUGACAAUUGUCCGCAUCUAGCUACAAAGCCGAAAAUCUUUUUGUUUGUGGCUUGUCGAGGAUCGUUCAUCGAUAAUGGGCAAGCUGUGCAGGCCUCACUUCGGCACGGCAUUAGAAGUGCCGGAAUGGAGCUUAGAUCUAACAUCGAUGUGAGGGCCGACGGUGUAACCGGUAGCGGCACGGAUUUCCAUAUUUCUUCUGAAGUUAAGGUUGGCAACGAUCUUGUCCCUGUUAUGGAACUGCGCCACCAGCCACCCACCUCCAAAAAUAAAAUUCCCAAUAACGUGGACUUCAUAAGUGUAUAUGCAACUGUUCCGGGGUAUCGAUCUCUGCGCGACAUUGACAAAGGCACCUGGUUCGUCCAGGAUUUUGUUAAUGUUAUCUCGGAAGAAGCUUAUCUGAAUGACUUCGCGACAAUGGUUUGCGAGGUAAAUAAUCGUCUCAGCGAACGCGUAACGAGAGAUGGUGAAAAGCAGUCAUUGAUGGUUUCCACUACACUCCGUCGCAACUUGUUUUUUAAUCCUGGAUUCUGACGGUGUGAUGUUAUAACUUGACAGUGUUAUAAAUGUAAUUCGGGAGCUGUUAUUUUACAGCUCUGGGCCUUGUCUUUUUAAAGCUUUAUAAUGUGAUGGCGAAAAGUGAAUUUUGGAUUGCAUUACUUGAAUGUUUAAGUUCUGCAUGCUAAUUGUUUCUUGAUGCUUUUGCAUAAUCUAAGUGUUUGGUUUUCGCACGUUUGCUUGUAUAAUAAAAACUUGU